CUAUGUUUACAUAAGUGCGGCGAAGGGAUUGAAGGGACGGGCGAUUCAAUCGAUAGAUUAAUUUUGAAAACUAAGCGCUCGACAAAUGAGUUACGAGACGAGUGUCGACGAGACGGACAAUUGAUUUCAAAUAAUGCAUGUCUCACCCAAUCUCACCUAGCACAACACAAUGUCAAACACGAUUGGAUGGUAAGCGUAGCACUGGGCGUAUUUGCAAUGUCAAUGUCGGUGGUAAUGAGUUAUCUAUACGACUUUGAUAUCGGUCAGCGCACGGCUUGUAUCGACCGGUUAAACGGCACCCAAACGGCGCGCACGGCGUCCGCCCGACUCGCCCUACGUUUGGCGGCCAAAGAUCUAGCGGUCAGCGAAAACGUAAAGCUCUUAUUCUUUGUCAACACAAUGCCGGGCUUCUUAACAUUGGCCGCGACUAUACUCACGAUUCCCAUCGAGAUUCGGGUAUUUAUGAAUGAGCACCGGAACCGGUGGUACUCAACCGGCGCCUACUAUUGGAGCAAAUGUCUCGUCGAGUUACCCGUAUUAGUGGCCAUUGGGCUUAUCUAUUCAUCAAUGGUGUACUUCAUCAGCGAUCAGGAGUCGGACGCAUUCCGGUGGGCGUACUUUACGAUGAUUGUGACGGGUGGCGUUUGUACGGCCGCGAGUAUUGCGAAUUUAAUUGGCAUAAUCUUUUGCCCCAACGAUACUCUGUCGACAACACUCGGCGUUGGAUUUUAUAUAUUGAUAUUUUUGUUUAAUGGCUUCGCUGUCCGACUCCCGAACGCCGAGUGGUUUAUACGUAAAGUGACUCACAUUUCUUACCUUAGAUUCACAUUUUAUGCUUCAAUUAUUUCCAUCUAUGGCUACGACCGGUGCGAAAGCGGCCAAAUGAACUUGGUGCUUAAUAAAUAUCAUUUAGAUGAUGAUGAUAUGUGGGAAAAUGUUAAUUGGUUGAUAGGACAUUUAGUCGUACUUCGAUUACUCGGUCUUUUGGCGUUAAUGUUUAAAGUUAGUAUAAGCAAUAAAUGUAGUGAUAACAGCGAUAAUAUCAAUGAUAAUAAAGUAGUGUUGAGAUGUCAUGACCACAACGAAUGGCAAGCGUUUAUCAAUGAGAAGAAUGUGUUGACAAUUAGUCUCCUAUUGUCUGCCAAAGGGUUAGCGCCCAAAGUGUUGGGUGUUUUCGAUACGGGAAUUAUUCUGGAAUUUAUUGAUGGUCGCUAUUUCAGUGCCAGUGAUGAUCAAAACCCGAUAGCAGUGUCAUUGUUGGGCCAAAAGUUGGCAAAACUUCACUCAAUGGAAAUGCCUGUCAUUAAAGAUAAUUCACAGAAUCGGAUGAAUUCAAUGUUUAGCGACAAUUAUUUUAGUCCCAAAAUGAGACAAUCACUCAAAGAGGGGGCCGUUUAUGAAGAGAUAAUGAGAAAUAAUUACCAAACUUUCCAUACACUGGAUCUGUCGGCUGAGAUGUCAUGGCUUAAGCCGAUUAUCCUCGACCUCAAGAGUCCUAUUGUCUUCAUUCACAACGAUUUCAAUCGGAAAAACAUUUUAAUCCGCGAAACAAAUAAUGAAAACUUGCAACAAAUGGAUAUCUAUUUAAUUGAUUUUGAUUUCUCGUCGUAUAACUAUAGGGGCAUUGAUUUUGGCACAUAUUUCAGCAGUUGGUGUCACCGGGAAAUACCCUAUGGUUUUGGAGAAUACCCGACGGAUGACCAGAUGCUGGUCUUCAUCGACGCCUAUAUCCGGGAAAUGACAGCAAUUAAUGGCAACUCUUUUACACAAUUGGAGAUCAAUUCACGACAAAGGCUUAUAAAGGAGGCGAAAAAAAGCGCGGAUAAUAUGUUUAAAUGCUAUCACAAUCUGAAGACUCGCAUGCAAUUGGAGUAUAAAUUUGGUAAAUGGGCUAAUGUCGGUGAAGAGGACCUCAUUAUAAGACAUAAUAGCGAUGGCUUUAUCAACAAAAUAUACUAUUGUUUUCUACCCGAAGACAGCAAUUAUGCUAAAAGUAAUGAUAAUAAAGUAGUGUUGAGAUGUCAUGACCACAACGAAUGGCAAGCGUUUAUCAGUGAGAAGAAUGUGUUGACAAUUAGUCUUCUAUUAUCUGCCAAAGGGUUAGCGCCCAAAGUGUUGGGUGUUUUCGAUACGGGAAUUAUUCUGGAAUUUAUUGAUGGUCGCUAUUUUGGUGCCAGUGAUGAUAUAAAUCCGAGAGCAGUAUUACUGUUGGGCAAAAAGUUGGCAACACUUCACUCAAUGGAAAUGCCGGUCAUUAAAGAUAACUCACAAAAUCGGUUAAACGGUAUUCUCGGAGACAAUUACUUUGAUCACAAACUCAGGCAAUCAUUCAUCGAUGGUUUGGUGUAUAAAGAGAUACAUAAACAUCACUACAAAGCACUGCAAACACUGGAUCUGUUGGCGGAGAUGUCAUGGCUUAAGAAAAUUAUUGUCGACCUCAAGAGUCCGAUUGUCUUCUCUCACAAUGACUUCAAUCGGAAAAACAUUUUAAUCCACGAAACAAAUGACGGAAAUUCACAACAAAUGGACAUUUAUUUAAUUGAUUUUGAUUUCUCGUCGUAUAACUAUAGGGGCGUUGAUUUUGGCACAUAUUUCAGCAGUUGGUGUCAACAGGAAAUACCCUUUGGUUGCGGAGACUUUCCGACUGAUGGCCAACUGCUGGUCUUCAUCAACGCCUAUAUCGAGGGAUUGACAGCAAUUAAUGGCAACUAUUCUACACAAUUGAAAAUGGAUUUACGAUAUAGGCUUAUAAAGGAACGUCAAGAGCAAAAUGAUUGGUUCGACUAUUUUGAUGCCAAUCAAGUGCUCGCUAUUCAACUCAUAACAUCACAGUUAGGUUUAGCGCCCAAAAUACUCGGGUGCCGGUAUUUUACCGGUAGUGAUGAUCACAACCCGAGAGCAUUGGCACUAUUAGCGCAACGGUUGGCGCGAUUGCACACAACGGAAAUGCCUGUCCCUAAAGACAACACAAAGAUGUGGUUAAAC